UAUGAGGCGACUAACAGGAUCGGGAGGUCAGGUUCGCUCACUUGGUUGACACAUGUCAUCGUAUCCCGGUUGCGUAAAACGAUGUUCAUGGUAUUGAUCGCUGGAUUGUCUGGUCCAGACUCGAUUAUUUACAGACCGCCGUCAUAUAGCUGGAAUAUUGCUGAAUGCGGAGUUAAACAACAACCAACCAUCAUGAAAGUCCAAUGAACUAGAUCUACUUCAAUUACAAGUCAAUAGUGUCAGUGACAAGUGUGACAGGAAAUAGAAGGUUGUACUGACGUACGGAGUAUCGGUAUCGAUGUGAAACAAGGACGUGCCCCACAAAACUGUUCUUCCACUGAAUAAGCAGCGAAAGACAGGGGGGAGAACCAUUUGCCAUAUUGUAUUUGGGCUCACCAUGGUUCUUCAGAUGCCAUAAUAACCCACAGUUGAAGACAUUGUGAAUCUACAAAAAACACUUUACCAUUUACUUAUUCCUUUAGGAUGAAUAACUGCACAAUCUCAGAAGAGGUGCACAGAAUAGUCACAUCUAUAUCAAGUGGCUUGCUUGCGGUUAUAUUUGUGAUAGAACUCAUCACGUGCAUCUACCGUGUACGCCGUCACAGGUAUCGCCUCGUCAGAAACAGUCGCCGUGUCAGGGCCAACUCUCGUCGUUCCAGGUUGGCAACUACUUCUCGUGACGGUUCGAUGAGCUGCCUGUCCAGAGGGAAUGAAAGCAGCCAAAGUUUUUGUUUAGAAGCGGUAAACGAGCUCCAGUCAGUCGGGAAUGCUGCUGUCGACAACACAGUGUACGACUCCCUCAGCCUGCAACGUGGCCAUCUCCAUAGACGUCCUUCGACAGAGCCCCACGAGAUAGACAUGAAGCGAUGUCUACAGCUCUUCCUAAGUACCAAGUGUUUAUUCAAGCAGUUUGAAGACCUACCCAGAGCCGACUACACGCUGUGUUGUGAAGCGCAGAAGGGAAAUAACAUUUGCAAGAACAGAUACCGGGAUGUUCUUCCUUAUGACAACAGUCGAGUUGUGUUAAAAGCGGUCGCCGAGAACGUCUUCAGCGGAUACAUCAAUGCUAAUUACAUACAGGGUGUUGGCUGCCUGCAAAAGUUCAUAGCCGCUCAAGGACCAUUUCUACGUGUUGUUCCUGACUUCUGGAGGAUGGUCUGGGAGACUGAAUCUCGACAGAUUGUCAUGCUUACAAACAUCAUCGAAGACGGAAAGAUGAAGUGUGCCAAGUACUGGCCAGGCGAGAUCGAUGAAGUAAAGGUAUUCGAUGACAUCACGGUGGAGUUUGUGCUGGAAGAAGUCAGCGACUCCUAUGUAAAGAGGACGUUCAACAUCAAGUCGGGAGAAAUGUCCAGGGAAAUAUUCCAUUACCACUACACCGCCUGGCCUGACUGUGAUUCUCCACGUGAUGUGUCGGCAUUCCUCGACUUCCGGUCAGCGGUGUUCCGGGAUGCGUCAGCUGUACAUGGACCAGUCAUCGUCCACUGCAGUGCUGGGAUCGGCCGAACUGGAACAUUCAUCGCUCUGCACUACCUUCUGUCUCAGGCUAAAGCUGACGGUAUUGUGGAUGUCUUCGGGUGUGUGGCACAGCUCAGACAGCAGCGGAUGGAGAUGGUCCAGACAGAGGAACAGUAUGCUUUCCUGUUCGAGGCGCUGUACGAAUAUACAACGGAGCCUACAGUGCGUAUCGGGCAUACUCGGAGAUGAGCCUGAACCUUGGCCUUGACAUUGUAGUGACGCACCUGUAAGAUCCUGAAUCCUUUCAUCUCACCGAGGUCCAGAUCAGCGACCCGGCUGUACAUCUGAACGCACGUCUUCUAUAUACAAAUCAUACAAUAUACAUGUAAAAUAAAAAUAAAUGUUCUUGUUGA